AUGGAGUUUUCUCCUCUUAAUUUUUAUUAUCUUUCCUUUGAUCCAGCAUCGUGUUUCAGUUUCUCUUUCAUUCAUUUCCUUCAUUGUUUUUUCUAUAGUCAUGGGCAUUUCCUUAUUUGUCAUUCCCUAAAUAUUUGUCUUUCCAAUUCUUUAUCUGUCGGUCAUCAAAUUGUUUUAAAAAAAAACUCUUCAUUCAAAUUUCUUACAAUCAUAUUUUCAUUACAGAUUUGUUUCUUUCAUUAUCAAUUCAUUGUGGCACAUUUUAGUUGUACUUUUUCAUUCGUCAGUCUGGAUUCUUUUCUUUCUCCUUUCUUUCUCUCUCUCGCUGUCUCUCUCGCUCUUCCUCUAGCUCUCACUCACUCUCUCUUACUCUCUCUCGCUCUCUUUUACUCUCUCGCUCUCUCUCUCUCUCUCGUUCUCUCUCUCUGCAUCUUACUGACGUCUAUUUCUUAUUCAAUAUUUUUCAUUCAGCUUUCCAGAUAA